AUGUCAAAAGAAAUCAAAGUAACUGCAGGUGUUAAAAAGCGAUUAACUGCUUUGGAAGACCAAGAAAUCUCCGUCUAGAACUAGGAUUCCUUUAGUGAUGAUGGGAAAUAUGGGGAAUAUGUGAAAAAGCAGAAUCGCGAAAUUUUAAAAAAAAUAAAGGAACUUAUACACGACGGGUAGUCCACUACAAACCAAUAAGAAGAACAGAGUUUUGUUAUAGCAAAUGAUAAUCACAAGCAAGACCUUCUAGAAGACCUUGAAGAAGAAUUCGGAUAAUCUUAUUAAGAAAGCAAAGUCAAAAUAAAUACAUAUGUCAAAUUAAUUCCAAAGAAUGAGUUGCAACUUGCUUACAUUUACAAUGACAAGUACCCAUUCUUAGUCAUACGUAAAAAAAUAUUAAUUUCUACAAAACUUGUGUCAUUUUAUGCAUAAUUGGUAACUACACAUCCCAUUUUUGAAGUGAUCACUCUCAUAAUGAUCGUGUUUAAUUCAGUUAUGUUGGCCAUUGAUGACCCCACAACAAACGUCUAAAGCCCAUUCUAAAACUUAACUGACCUUAUUUUCCUAGCAUAUUAUACUUUUGAGGCUGUUCUAAAGAUCGUUGCAUAGGGGUUCAUCAUUCCUAAAAAGUCUUACUUAAGAGAUACUUGGAAUAUAUUAGACUUUUCUGUUAUCAUAACAGCAUAUAUUCCAUACUUUCUAGCCUCGAAUUCUGUUAAUUUAAAUGCACUCCGUUCGUUUAGAGUGCUAAGACCUUUGCGAACUGUGUCAUCAAUUAAAGCUCUUAGAACAAUUUUAUUGGCUCUGUUUGCAUCAAUUGCUUAACUAAGAGAUGCUGCAGUUGUAUUGAUGUUUUUUUAUUCAAUUUUUGCAAUUGCAGGAGUGUAAUUAUUUUCAGGAUAUUUAAAACGAAGAUGUAUAGGUGAAGAGAGUGGUAUAACUUGGGUUUCAGAAGAAAUAUUGUUUUGUGCAGAUGAUAAUAAUUGUCCUUUUCCAGAACAAACAAUUUACAAUGAAAAUUUCAUUUGUGGUAAACAAAUUGCAAAUCCAUAAAAUAAUUUGAUUAAUUUUGAUACAUUUGGUUACGCCUUCUUAUAAGUGUUUAUAAUAACAACUUUAGAAGGAUGGACUUAAAUUUAGACAGCUGUAAUGCUAACAUUCUCGUAAUUUGUUGUACUUUAUUUCAUAAUUGUGGUUCUUGUAGGAGCAUUCUUUUUAGUCAAUUUAACUCUCGCAAUUAUCAAAUUAAAUUUUAAACCUGAAAAAAUAUAGGAAGAAUUAGCAUAAAUAAAAGAGGAAAUAGAAGAAUAUGAUUACAAAUAAUUAAAAUAAUUAAAAUUAUAUGUUCCUGAAAGAGAAAAAGUAGAUACAGCUGGAUUUGGUAUCACUUGGGAUAAACCCAAUGAUUUCGACUAAAAUAUUAUAAUGAAUCGUCGAAAACAUACAAGAAAAGGUGGUUCACAAAUGAACAUUAUCAAAAAUACUUAUCAAAGAAGAUUUAAAGGGAAGAAUAAAGUCCAUUUCGAACCAAUCAAAUCAGCUGUUUAUUAUAGUCACCCUGUUAUGCUAAAUAAAAAGUAUGUAAAAAUUGAAGGUAUUUAUGGAAUGGGCAAUCAAACUAAAUUAAACUAAUAAUAAUAGAUUACAUCAAAUAUUUAAAGUAGCAUUGCUGCUAAGAGAUCCAGUGGAGUCAGAAGAAGUAGUUAAUCAAGCAAUAAUGAUGAUAAAACCUCUUCAAAAUAGAUGUUUGAUAAUGAAAGUGGAAGUGGCCAUAAAUAACCUAAAAAGAGUCUCUAGUUAUGUGAUUAACAAUUAAGUUCAGAGUUCAUGAAUUCUCCAAUGAUGGAUCUUCAAUCUGAAAAUAUCAGACCAUUGAAUGGAGGAACGAUGUUAGUGCAUCGUGGUGAAUCGAUUGACAGUAGUAGAAGUGGAGAAUCCAAAUUAGGGAGGACUCCAGUGAAUAAUAAAUUAGAAAUUCCUAAAAUAGGAGACAUUAAAUAAUAAUCCUAAAGCAUAAAGCCAAACCAAAAAUUCAGUUUAGCUGCUGCCAUGAAAUUCUAGAAAUAACCUCGUAACAGUCCUAAACCGGAUUCAUAAAAAUCACUUGAUGAUCAUGAAUUUGAUAGUGUUAAUUUGAGUGAAUUGAAUAGUCUUUCAGAUGAUGAACUAGAUUAGAGAUUAGAAGAGAUGGAUAUUGAAGUAGAAGAAAAGGUUACAAAUGUUAACAGUGUAAAUUAGAAGUAGAUUUAAAAAGAAUUAAAUAGACAAAGAAAAAUGGAAAAUAGAAGACUUAGAGAUUUAAAUAAGAAUUCCUAAUAGAAUUUAGAUGAGGCAUCACUUAAAUUAAAAUCCAAGUUAUUUGAUACUAAGUUUUAUCCAAUAAUUGUUGUAGAUGCUGAAUUCAACAGUGUAAAUGAUAUAUUGAUUUCACAAAUGUUAUAAAAAUUAGAAUAGAAGAGAUUGGAAUAAGAAAAGAAAAUAAAGGAAUUAGAUUUUAAAAUUACUUAUUGUUUUAAGAAUUCUAAAUAAUCAUUAGAAUUAAAGAAAACUAGCAAUGGAAAAACAAAAAGCUUAACAAAAUCAGCAUACCUUAAGUCUGGAAAUAAAUCAAAAAAAACCAAUUUAAGUUUAAGAAGAGUUCAACCAAUUCUUGAUGAAAUACAUCCAUUUGAAGAUUAUUAAUUACCUACAGAGAAAAUAGCAGAAGGAUAAGAGGAGCAGAUUCAAGAAAAUCAAAAUGGAAAUUCAGAAUCAGACGAAGAUAAUGAAAAUGAGAAUAAUAUUGAUAGAGAUUAAAACAAUGUUAAUGGAAGUGCCAAUUAAAAGUUAAAUUAGAAGAAGAGAAAAAAGAGAGAUGAAUAAAACUAAAAAUUAGAUUAUGAACAACUGGGAGAAAAAUUUAAUGAUAGUUCUGAUUGCAUUGUCGAUCUUAAUAAAAUACGUUAAGUGGAGUUGCAUAAAUAAUUUAAUUAAGACGAGUUAGCAUUGCUUCCUCCUUAAGAAAUAGAAUUACAAAAAGGUGUUUUCUAUUAGGAAUUUGUUGAUAUUAAACAGAAAGACAUACAUGAAAGCAAGGGAAUAAUCACAGCAUAGGCUUCAAUUGAAGAUGUACUAUUAAUAGCCGAUUACACAUUCUAUGAUUAAAAAUUUGCAAGGCAAAUGAAUUCUGUUAUGAGGGCUCUUAAUUUCUCAAAAAGAGAGACAUACAUCUAUUUAAAAGGUUUUAUUGGACUCUUGUUGGUUUUAUAAAACUAAUUGUUGUAUUUUGUAUAAUCUGGAUACUUUGAGGCUUCAAUGAAUCUGGCAGUUGCAUUAAAUACAGUGAUAUUAGCUCUUGAUGGAUUAUUGCCUGAUAGUACUUCAGAAAUAACGAACUAAUUUAAUUUUGGAUUCACAAUAUUGUUUACAAUAGAAUUAGGAUUGAAAAUGUUGGGAAUGGGACCAAGAAAGUAUUUGAGAGAUACUAUGAAUAUCUUUGAUGCCGUUAUUGUGGCUCUAAGUUUAGUUGAAUUAUUCUUUUUGGGAGGAAGCACAAAUGGAAAAUCUUCAUUGUCAGCCUUUAGAUCAGUAAGAAUCUUUAGAGCUUUCAGAGUUUUGAGAGUAACUAAAUUAAUGAGAAGUUUGCAAUUUAUGGGGUUUUUGAUAAAGGUUUUAAGUAAUGCAUUUUAAUCCUUCAUGUAUAUUAUGAUUCUAUUGUUACUCUUUAUUUUUAUCUUCACACUUCUGGGUAUGGCAUUUUUUGGUGGAUAAUUGUCGAAGACUCCAAGCAGACAAAGUUAUGAUGAUAUUCAGAGUGCAUUUUUGGUUGUGUUUUAAGUGCUUACUUUAGAGAAUUGGAAUAGUAUUCUUUGGGAUUUGUUGGUAUAAGAUGUUUCAGCAUUUAUCACUAUUCCUUAUUUGGUAUUUUGGAUAAUGAUUGGAAAUUAUGUGUUCUUAAAUUUAUUUUUAGCUAUUUUGUUAGAAAAUUUUGAGGAAGAAUACAAGAAUGAUAAGGCAGGAUUGGAUACUAACAUUGAGAUUGGAUAGGAUUCAGUAAUGGAUAACACUACUUAAGCAGUAAAUUCCACGAGUACUUUGAAAUCAACGAUGAAGACCAAGAAGCAUACAAUUGCAUAGUAACUAGAAAACAAUGAAGAUGAUCAUGAUUAGAAGAAGCAUAAAUAAAUAAACCAAGCAUUUUCAUAUUUUGUUGAACCUGGAAUGUGUUAAUAUUCGUUAUACUUGUUCAGUCAAUAAAAUAUUGUGAGAAAGAUAUGUUAUAGGAUUGUUAAAGAUGAUAAAUUUGAAACACUAAUUUUUACUAUGAUAUUCUUAACAUCAGCUAAGUUAGUGUUUGAUACUUAUAUUCCAGAUACUGGAUAACUUAAAGAAGUUUCUUUAGAUAUAGACAUAUUCUUUGCAGCAUUUUUUGGAGUAGAAAUGUGUAUGAAAAUAAUAGCAUUCGGUUUCAUAUCUUAAGAAAGUUCGUAUUUGAGAGAAUCAUGGAAUGUGUUAGACUUCUUUAUUGUAAUUGCUUCAUUUAUUGAUGUGAGUGUUUCAACCAUUAAUUUGAGUUUUGUAAAGAUUUUGAGAUUGUUGAGAACAUUGCGUCCAUUAAGAUUUAUAACUCAUAAUAGAUCAAUGAAAAUAUUGGUGUCAGCAUUAUUAUAAUCCAUCAAUGGUAUUUUCAAUGUGGCCAUAGUUGUGAUUUUGGUAUGGAUGAUGUUUGCAAUUUUGGGUAUUAAUUUGGAGAAGAAUAAAAUGAGUUUUUGUAAUAUGGGUGAUGAUGAAAUUUAUUAUCAUUAUGGAGUUUAGGAAUGCAAAGAGAACGGUGGAGUUUGGGAAAACAGAAAGACAAACUUUGAUAACAUCUUGAAUGGAAUGUUAACCUUGUUCAUCUUGUCAACUUUGGAAGGAUGGCCAGAUAUGAUGUAUUGGUUUAUUGAUGCAGAUGAAUCAGGACCAAUAAAAGCAGCAUAGUUGUAGUUUUCAUGGUAUUUUAUUGUGUUUAUCUUAUUUGGAUCAAUCUUGUUGAUGAAUCUAUUUAUUGGUGUGAUCUUGGUCAAUUAUCAUUUGGCUGAGGAAGCAUCAAGAGACAAGAUCUUAACUUAACCUUAAGUUGAUUGGAUUGAACUCUAAAAAUUGAUUGUUCAUUCAAGUCCGAAUCUUGCUAUGUUUUUUAGUCCUGAGAAUCCUUUCAGAGCAAAGAUCUUUACUAUCAUAAAACACAGAUAUUUUGAUCCCACUAUUCUGAUGAUCAUUGUGCUCAAUAUAAUUAUCAUGGGUUUAUCCUAAGAUGAUUCACCAAUCCUCUAUGAUUAAGUGUUAACAUAAUUUAAUACUGCCUUCACUUUUGUUUUUAUAGGUGAAGCUAUUCUUAAAAUAAUUGCAUUGGGACCAGUAGGUUACAUGAGAAAUUCAUGGAAUCAAUUUGACUUUUUUGUAGUCUGUGCAUCCAUCUUGGAUUUGAUUCUUUCCUUUACUGGAAAUUCCUUUAUUUCAUUUCUUAUUUUUAGAGUGCUCAGAGUCACUAGACUAUUUAGAUUAAUCAAAUCUUUUGAGGGCUUAUAAAAAUUGAUAGAAACAGCAAUAUAUUCAUUGCCUGCUAUGUUAAAUGUAACAGCAUUGUUAUUUUUGGUUUUCUUUAUAUUUUCUAUUUUGGGGGUGUUUUUGUUUGGAACUAUAAAAAGUGGAUGGGUCAUUGAUGAUACUAAUAACUUUUCAGAUUUUCACCAUUCUAUUGAAUUACUAUUUAGAUGUGCAACUGGGGAAGAUUGGUACAAAGUUAUGUUUGAUACUAUGCAAGAUGGUCAAGGAUAUUAUUGUAUUUUCUUUAUAAUUUUCAUUGUCAUCUAAUAAUAUAUUAUGCUGAAUCUUUUUAUUCUCAUAAUUUUGGAUCAAUACGAAAUUAACUAUUUUAACAGUGAUAAUCCAUUAAAUAAGUUUUAAGAAUAUGAAAAUAUGUUCAUUGAAUCUUGGUCUAAAUUUGCUAAGGAAGACAAAGGUAUGAAAAUGCAUUAAUAAUUGCUUGUUCCUCUCAUGUUACAGAUGGAAAAACCUAUAGGCUACGAUAUAAAAUAAAAAUUAUAGACUGAAAUAGCUGAAUGGAAACGAAUUAACCCACAAUUAGACAAUAAGGAAAAUGUUCAAAAGUAAACUUUGUUUUUGAAGGCCCAAGCCAAGAGAAUAGUAUCAACCUAAUUAAUGAAAAUGAAUAUCUAUUCUGAUAAUAAUGGACAUGUCAAAUACCAUUAGAUUUUAUUUUGUGUUAUGAAAUCCUAUAUGUGGAAGAAGGUUCAAGUUAACUUAAGUCCUGAAGGAGCUGAAAAAAUCCUAAUAAAAGAAGAAGAAACCCAAAAAAGAUUGAAAAAGAAAUAAGUCCAAUAAUCAAAAGAGGUGUCCCUCGUUAAUCCCAUAGUUCAAUUUCUGUUUGUCCAAAUGGCCUUCAAAACACUCAAAAGAUAUGGAGAAAAGAAGAAAUAACAAAAAGAAUUGUAGGUAUUGAUAGAACAGGAAUAGGAACAUUACAGUGAUGGAUUCAGUUCGGAUUCUUCGUUUGACAACAAUAUUGAAAUCCUUUCUAGGAAUUCUAAGGAUACAGAAUAUCCAAGAAGACCAGAUUAUGGGAAACCCAAAUUUAUAUCUCUACCAAAUACUGAAAUUUACAAGGAGGAUGAAUACAUAAAUAAGGGAAUACCAGUGUAGAAUGAUUCCAAUAAGAAUUCAGAGGAGGAGGAGGAGAACCCAGAUGAAGAUGUUAUGUAAUAGUAUACAAAGGACUUUCAGAAGCACUUAAUAAACAAUGGAGGUAGCAAUGGAAACAUUCAAGAUGAUAGAAGUGGGGGUGCUGCGACUAAAAGUAGUAUAUCAAGACAAAGCCAAAUUAAUAAAUAACAGAAGAAAUUGACUCUAAAACCAAAUGAUCUGCUCUCAGGUAUGAGCAAGAAAUCAAUCUAAUCGAUUUCUUAAAACAAUAACUUAGCUGCGAUUUAUGACAAUCCACUAUAAUGA